AAUUAUUGGUCUGUCAUUACUUAAUACUUUGGUAGGUAGCUUAUUUAGCGAGUGUUUGUGAUUUGCGUUCCUCUUUUCUAUUCUAUUUUUAAACUUCUAAUUUCUAUGCCUAUUGAACAGAUGGUUCAUUUUUGCUACACUCUUUUGGUAUAGGUUCUUCAUUUAGUUUCUACAUAAUUACAAUUGUUUCCUCUUUACAAUGGUGAAUUCAAGCUUGGCAUACGAAAUACUUUUGUACAUAAAUUCGUUCUACUUCGGACUCUUUGCGACUUGUGAAUUAGGGACAUUAAUUCUCAAGUCCGUAUUGAUUGGAGGAAAAUACGACGACGCAUCGCACAAUAAGACUAAGCUGGGCCAGGAUUAUGGAGUGUUGGUGGCCCUUUUCAUUGUAGAAGCUGCUAGACUUUUCCUGGGACGUAAAGGCAGUCUCAGUGAAAGAGAUGUGCCAGUUAUGUUCUCAGUACUUCUGACAGUUCCUUCAAUAGGGGGUGUGCUGUACUUGCUAAGAUGGCAAGUGGUUGUUUUAAGAAUAGAGUAUAUCUGGUGUACCCUAAUGUUAGCAAUACAGGUAUGCGAGUUUGUAUUUGCGUCCAUGUUCAUAGUCACAAUGUUUAGGGGGCCUUCAUAUGACUAAGGUGAUGAAUUGGUAUUUUUGAGGCAUUUUCUAUACUGCAAGCGUUUAUAAUUCGAUAGUUAACAUUAUACUAGCAGUAUAAAGUUAACUUAUUUAUUGCAUUGAGUGUUGUGUAUUUAUUACUUGUUAGUCACAAAUGUUUUAAGUGUUUCAAAAUAUAUUUAGUAUAAAUAACUAAAUUAAUAGAGCAUUAAGAAAAUAUUUUUAUUUAUAUUUAGGUGAAAGAUGUUUUUAUCCAGGCCUUUACUGCCUUUCUCAGAAAUUAUAAACUUUUAUUCCUUAAUAAUAGUGCCUAGUUUGAAAAAGAAAUAGAAAACACAAUUUGGACCAUUUUUGUAUUAACAAAAAUUUUAUCAAAAUCCCUGCUUUAUAAUACCCAUUACAAUGCAAACUUAUAGCCCCUUUUUUCUUAGCUAUCAAAUAAAGUUAAUAACCUUUUUGUGUACUUCUUAGUGUAGAGUAUGUUUUAAAAACAAUAAAACCAACAAAGUAACAAAGAAAAUCCUUUGAUAAAUAAAUGACCAAAACAAAGUAUUUUUUGUCAACAGUCCCUGUCACUUUGUCCUUUUUUUUGUUUUAUCUAACACUUUAUUAUGUUUUUCUUUUUUAAAACAUAAAAAGUAUCAAAAGAUUCCAUACAUUAUAAGACAAGUUAGAAAGAAUGAAGUAUAGUUCAGAUAUUAACCACUAGUAGGUGUCUACUAUUCAUAGUUCCUAACUUGUAAUGGACCACCAGGAACAAAAGGGCUUUCUUAGCUGAGUUUUCUGUAGAAUCUAUAGGGUAUGUUUAGGUAUGUUUCUCUUAAAAGAUGUUGGUGAUUAUGCUUAGUAGACAGUGAAAGGUGAUAUGAAAUAGGAUUUCUACUGCCUCGUAUAUGGAGUCUACAUAUUUAAGUAUCUAUGAACUCCAUUUGCCAAUAGUAUAUGAUGAGUGCUGUAAGUUUGCUUUCUAUUUUGGCAACUGGGAUAUAAACACUUUUUGACUGUCAAGUUUUGUUAAAACAAACUUUUACUUGUUAAUUGGAAAAAAAGUAGAAAUAAAAUUAACCUUUCGUAGUUGAUAUAACAGUACUGAAUAAUAAGAACCAAGAUGUUUUAAUGUAUUUUUUGAAAGUUAUUGUAGAUAGUAGGAAACUUUAUCUAUCUAAGAUACAAUUUCCUCCUUAACUUUUAGACUAUCAGUAUCAAAUAGUCAAAAGAAGAUAUGAGGUCUUGUUUUCAAGCUGCAAAAAAUCUCAUUUGUCCUUGCUUGAUUGUCUGUGUUUUUGUAUUCGCAAACAUACUAUUUAACCUUUUGAUGCAUCUUAGAUGUGUGUGUGAAAUUUAUCUUUUAAUAUGUAUAGUACAAAUUGUACUAUCUUAAUGUACUCCAAGACUCCAUAGAAAAUAAUGUGAAUAUGGGACAAAGUACAUGCCAGUUUUAAAUGAACUUUCUAGUCCCAGAAUAAACCCAAAGUGAUAAUGUAUGUGGCCUUUUUAUAAAACAUUACAUUGUUUAUCAUUGUUAAUCUUCCAUUAUACAUAAGGAAAUACUGUAGUUACUGUAUUGAAACCAAAGAUUUACAAAAAUUUGAGAUUAUAUUGUAAAAAUGUAGUUGUCUACUAAUUAUACAAAUAAAAAACAAAGUAUUUACCAUGUGUGCUUCAAUUUAUACAACUGUAAAUGUAUUUAUACCCAUUUUGUGUAUAUGUUAAAGUUUAAAAUGUGUAUUGAGUCAUUAAAUAUUCUAGUCAUAUAACAGCUUGAA